AUGUUCCCUCGGACUCCAGGCGACUAUACCGGGCCAACGCCGUAUGGACCAGCUGGUCCUCACCCCGAAGAAGGAAUGGAUAACUUCUAUGAGACGUAUCAAGCUCCAUGGCCCGGAGUUGAAGCUUCCCCCUAUGGAGGCGUCCACCACCCUUACAAUACCACGGCAGCCUUUCCGUCCCAUGCCAUUUUAACGCCAAUUAGUCUUCCUGACAGCUCUUUUGCCCAUGCCCGACCUGACUCGGUUCUCAGCCAUCAUUCGCAAGAAUAUGCGUACUGCAUGGCUGAAUCUGUCCCCUCACAUGGACUGGGAAUCACCGCGCCCUUUCCAAGUGACUUCCCGCGAACUGUAACCGCUGGUCUAGGCCCUGUUCCCGACCCGGAUUAUGUCUUCAGUGGAGCCGCCCUGUCACCUCCACCACCUCCCGUUAAGCGGACCCGGCGAAGUCCUAAACCAACGGUGGCAGCUCGCGAAGGACCAGUCACCAUCCUACCUCAUCCGGAAGGUCUUCAACGACUAGAGCAGGAACGCCGGCGCGAGCAAGUCGACCCUCAGUCACACCAACGACCUCGAGCCCCCGGCCGAGGGCGACGAGACCCGCAAGCCGAAGAAGAAGAUGCAUUUGUUGAACGAUUGCGGGAACAGAACCUGGCGUGGAAGCACAUCCGGGAGAUGUUUCGGGAGAAGUUCAACAAGGACGCAUCGGAGGCCCGCCUACAGAUGCGGAUGCUGCGCAGGCGCAAGGACCGCUCGGCUCGGUGGGAAGAGAGCGAUAUUCGAUUGCUCAUAAGGGCUAGAGAUUACUGGGAGAGGGAAAAGUAUAAUUUAAUAGCACAAAAGGUGAGGUCUCCUACGCAGACAAUGCAUGAGCUAGGGGCGAAGAGAUCUUACACCGCACAACAAUGCGAAGCACAACUACGGUAUCUAGAUUCACGUCGUGAGGGUGACCCCUCACUGACACGAAUAGUGGAUGCGCGAAGACGCGCUACGAUGAAAUCCCCUCGAGGAAUUGUCCGCGUGACGAGUGCCUAGUCGUUCUCCACGUCCUC